UUCAGGCAUCCAGUCGUAGCGAUCACAGCGUACGAACACAAUCACGAGUCACGCCCGCGCACGUCUUUCAAGCGCGCGCGACCAAAAACGAUCUCUUAAAGUUGAGGCUCUCAGGCACAAACAUCACAACUAUGGCCUCUUACGCUACCGUGCCGGGCGAGGCCGAGGCCGAGACGCCGCUUCUGAACCGUGACGUUCGCGUCAACCUCAAGACCGUCAUCGGUGGCGCCGCCGUCGCGUCGUUCUUGCUCGGCGCGCUCGCCGCGACCGUCGUGAGCGGGGCACCCGCGCGCACGAACUCUUCGGCGCUCUACAAAGCCGGCGGCGCGACGAAUUUCGCCGCGGCGGUCGCCGAUCGCGGUACUAAGAAGUGGACGUGCGACGCGCCCUACGUAGACAGCACGUACGGCCCGUCAAGCGGUCCACUAAGCGCCGCGGGACUGGCCGUUUGGUCCGACUGGCCCAAUCCGCAGGCUGUGUCCGAGACGGAGGAUUACAAGUUCCAGGCCCCGAGGGACCAGGUCGUCACCUUUACUCUGAAGAGCAUUGAUGGGGCUGACUCUUUGUCGCGGGUCACAGCCUGGGCGUUCGCAGGCGGCCUGGGCGACCCCGGGUACGCCGCAGUCGCCAGUCCCGCCGGAAUCGAGUUCCCCAAAGCACUCUGCACUGGCGGCGAAUUCUCAUUCGUCGACGGACCCAUCGUGAACAAGAGAUCCGGGCUCCGCGGGAGUUCCAUGCCAGCCUCGGCCAAGUAUACCCUCCCGAAUUACAAUUACGGCUACCCCAAUGGGGUAACCACACAGUCGAAAACGGCAACCGUCACGGCAUUCGUCGGCGAAAAGUGGUACCAAAGCACCUACACGUUUUCCGUUUGCAACGCCAAUUGCUAA